CCUGCCCUUGUGUUGCUUGUUGAAUGGAAUUAAAGGCUCCAUGGGUUGGAAAACUGCAACUCUGCCCUAAUCUCAAGGAGCUCUUGCAUCUGGAGUAUUGCACCUGAGAUACUCUGAUCGAUUUGAGGGAAUUUAAAGAAAUCAAAAAGUAUUCUUGAUUCAGCAGUGGGAUUAACUCGGUCAUGAAGAAGUCUAUUCCUCUCCUGGGCUGGGUUAGAGUAGCGAGCUUGUUCCUGUGCUUGUCCCAGACCGUCCUGGCUGUGGUCCUCAACAACUCUACAAAUCUCGAGUCCAUCCUCGACAAGUACAGGGACAAGGAUGAGGAGUGGUGGAAGGUCAGGUCCAGAGGGAAGAGGGCCAUCAGCGAAGGAGACAUGCACCUGAUCCUGGACCUUCACAACAAGCUGAGGGGUCAGGUCCACCCUCCUGCCUCCAACAUGGAGUUCAUGGUAUGGGAUCAUGAAUUAGAGAGGAGCGCAGAGCACUGGGCACAUACCUGCCGAUGGGAACACGGGCCGAGCCACAUGUUGACACAAAUAGGCCAAAACCUUGGAGCGCAUUGGGGCAGGGACCGUCCCCCUACCUAUCAUGUGCAGGCAUGGUACGAUGAGGUGAGGCACUACAGCUAUCCCUACUCCCAGGAGUGUAACCCACACUGCCCAUUGAGAUGUUCAGGACCUGUUUGUACCCACUACACUCAGUUGGUGUGGGCAACAAGCAAUCGUAUUGGUUGUGCCAUUAAUGUGUGUUACAACAUGAACGUGUGGGGAAUGAUCUGGACUAAAGCUGUCUAUCUGGUCUGCAACUACUCUCCACCAGGCAACUGGUGGGGUCAUGCUCCGUACAAAUAUGGAUCACCCUGUUCUGCAUGUCCAGCUAGCUAUGCUGGAGGCUGCAGGGACAAUCUCUGCUACAAAGAUGGGGGUGUUGACAGGCGUCCAGCUCCUGAGCUUGAGGAGACCAACUACAUUGAACCUGAAACAGAACCAGUGAGAGACAGGGAGCCGCAGCCCAGGGCCCAGACACCAGACCCCUCACCCAACGACAACCUGGAGAGAAACCAGGUUCUCAACACAGAGCAGAUGUGUCAACAGGUCGACUGUGAGACUAAACUGAGAGAUCGGUGCAAGGGAACAACCUGUAACAGAUAUGAGUGUCCACCUGGCUGCCUCGACAGCCCUGGAAGAGUCGUUGGGAGUGGACAUUAUGACAUGCAAUCCAGUGUGUGUGGAGCUGGUUUGCACGCUGGUGUUAUUGACAAUGAUGGAGGAUGGCUGGAUGUGACAAGACUGGGUAGAAAACAACAAUUCAGCAAGUCAUACAAGAAUGGUAUCCAAUCAAUAGGGAAAAACCGAAGUGCAAAUUCCUUCAAAAUAGAGACAGUUCCUGUCAAGGCAGUAAGAUGUGACACCACUGUUGCACUUUUCUGCCCUUACAAGAAACCUGUGCGACACUGUGCCAGGUUGUAUUGUCCCAGGAACUGUGUGCGGGAGAGUGGAGCACGAGUCAUAGGGACAACAUACUUCUCAGAUAAAUCCAGUAUCUGCAGGGCAGCCAUUCAUUCUGGAGUUAUCCAGAAUGAGGCAGGAGGGUACCUCGACGUGAUGCCUGUGGAGAAAAGGAGGCAGUACAGUGGCAGCUACCAGAAUAGCAUCUCCUCAGAGAGCUUAGUGAACCCGACAGUUGGAAAAGCCUUCAGAGUGUUUGCAGUCAUCUGAAGAACCGCUCCCAAUGGACAGAGUACCAUCAGACAAGGCCACUUCACAUCCAGCAAGCCCACUCAUUAUCAUCUUUCAACCUGUAAUUACAUCCAGUCAUACAGUAAAUUCAGCUUUUCACCUUCUGACCCAAAAUAUGUAUGAGAGUUGUACUCAAUGCUUCUCCUCUAAGUUUGGUGAGAAUGAUGAUCCUGGAUGUUUUUUGCCAUAUGUCUUACCAAAAUAUCCAUAAUAAUUACAUUGGGGCUGCCGUAUAUCUUGCUGACAUGAUAUCAUGACCUCAUGUUUUUUUUUAUCACAUUGUAUCAAGUUGAUGUUGCACCCUACAAAAUCCCACAAUUUCCCAUGUGAAGGUCAAAAUAUAACAUGAUGAAAAUGACAUAAUAGGACCUCAGGCAGCGGUAGACAAAAAGGGGGUUUCACUUCCAGCCAUCCACCAUCAAUUUUGCAAGCCAAAACAACAACUAUCAGAAUGCAUAUUAACUCUGGUUUGGGCUUCCAUAUAAUAUAGCAACUAUUCAGGCAGUAGAAUACAAUUGUAUAUAUUUGUAAAUAAUAAUGUAAAUAAUACUGAACACCUUUUGAUUAAAUGUUUGCUACUGUUACCUUUUGUUUAUUCAUAUUUCUAACACAUUGCCAGCCAUACAAAGAGCAAUACCAGCAAUAAACAGUAGAUGCUGAAACUGAUUCUGCAUGCGUAACAUAUAUUUGUCAAACAAGCUUUUUUUUAAAUUUUUAUAAAGGACAAGCAAUAACUCUAGUAUAUUCAUGUGUUUGUAAAUAUUGUGUAUGUAACAUAUUGUUUUAUUGUAUGCUGCAUUUCCCAGCCUUUGUUUACAGAUUUAUAUGAAUGGAUCCUGGCUGGCCAGGAAUGUGCAUGGCAGAAUCAAAAUUAAAACACAC